AUGGCUCUAAUUUCAGGUGGAAGGCAUUAUACUAUGCGACGAUCUAAUCCAUCUAAUUUAGGAUCGUGUUCGUCCAAGUCGCCAUACAAUCAUUCUGUGCGAAACCCCCUUUUCGUAGACUGUCGAAACCUAGUUGACGCCGAGUUGUUGCUUCUGUCCAAACAUUACCACCCGUCGGUGGCAAUUUUUGCGCAAGCUCUUCUCCAGGAUGGCUGCAUAAAUUAUAAAGGCGAUCCACUAGAAGACUUUACUUUGCUAAAGUUCCUAGAUCGAUUUGCAUUCAAAAAUCCAAAAGAGGGUCGAGCGAGCAAGACUGCUACUGAUCGAGUAUUACGUAAGAAACAGUUUGAUCCAUGGGGCGUUAAAAGACUUUCUGUUUCUUCUAAGGUGAGUUCAACGCUAAAGUUCAACAAUAAGUCGAUGGAAUAUAUUUCCAAGAAAGUGAGCGAAUUGCCAGCCGAUGAGCAUUAUCUCCAUCGUUUUGCUACACUCAGGUUCAAAGAACAAAGUGAGAUUGAAAAGAAGAAUGAAGAUGAUUGGGAUAUUGAAAGUGUCGACUCUGCUGAGUUCGAUGCAAUCAUC